AUGGCAAAAUUUACCAUUUUAAUAAAUAUAAACAUAUCAAUAUUUAUAUUCUUAGCCCAUUUAUCUUCUGUAGUGAGUAUUACUGAUAAAUGCGAUGAUCAAGUAUUUAUUGUAAUUUCAACAAAAUAUAUUUUUCUAUUCAAUUUUGAUUCUCAACAAAAUCAUUCAUCAAGUAUUAUCUAUGAAACAAAAGCAAAUACAACGAUUGAAAAUGGUUUAUUUAAUAAACGAACAAAUACAAUUAUUUUAUUAAUUAAUCAAUUAAAUGAAGCAUAUUCUAUAGUUGCGUUAAAUGUUUAUGAUACUAUAUAUAAUUAUUGGAAAGAAAAAUCAAAUAAUAUUAAAUAUUCAACAUAUAUUUAUAUAUCAGUUAGUCAACGGUAUUUAUAUGUAUUAAAUAAUCAAACAAUGUUAUUACAAAUAUUUGCUUUACCAUUAACAUUAACACCAUAUAAACAAAAUUAUUUAAUAGACCUGCCAAAAAAUCAGACAAUAUUAAAUUAUGUUAUUGAUGAAAAAUUGAAUUUUUUAUAUAUUUUAUUUGAAAAUUUUCAAUAUCAAUUAUAUGUAUGUCGAUUAAAAACUUAUCAUUGUAAUUUAUAUAUGAAUUCAAUUAAUUCAUAUAAACCAGUACAAUUAUAUAUUAAUUGGAUAUAUCAAAAAUUAUAUAUUAAUUCAAAAGAUUCUUUAAUUAUAUUUGAUUAUAAUCAAAAUCAUACGGAUUAUAUAAUUCACGAUUUAAAUUCUACAAAAGAUAAUGAAAAUCAAUUUUUAACAAUAUGUGAAAAAACUAAUUUUAUUGAAUAUAUAUCAAUUGAUUAUACUAAUAAACAACAAGUAUGUUUUAAAACAUGUCAGUAUUUACCAUUAAUAUUAAAUGAUACAGAUCGUAUACAUACAAUACAAAGAAUUUCAAUAUUAUCGAAUAUUUUUUAUUGUUCAAGACAACGACAAAUUGCUAAAAUAAUUAUAAUGAUUUUAAUUUUAAUUGAUAUUCUAACAAUAUUAGGAGUUAUUAUUUGGUUAGCAUAUAAAUAUUUUUAUCAAUCAACAUUAAAUAAUGAUAAGAAACAAAUGAGUAGUGGAACUAUAUGGACAAAUGAAACAAAUUCUGUAACAUAUUUUUAA